AUGUCCGCUGACUUCUGGGCUGGCUACAUAUCAGGCUCUGUCGGCAUUCUAGUUGGCAACCCUUUGGACAUCAUCAAGACAAAGCUGCAAGCCGGGCCUUCUCAAACUUCUCCUAAUGUAUCCAUAACCUCCGCGUCGACGACAAGUCAGAAUGUUCCAAGGCCAUACCAACGCUGGACGUCAUUUGCCCAAGGAGCUGCGGCUCCUAUACUCGGAUAUGGAGCACUCAAUGCCCUACUAUUCGUAACCUACAACCGUAGCUUAGCAUUGAUCAACUCAGGAAAUCUGCAAGAUCUACCGGAUCGGCCUUCUGGGUGGAGCAUCUGGACUGCCGGUGCUCUCGGAGGCCUCGCUAUCUUCUUCGUCUCGGCCCCCACUGAGCUGGUCAAAUGUAGAGCUCAAGUCAGUCAGCCUCCUCGAUCAUCUUUGCAGAUUACGCGUGAGCUUUGGGAAGCUGGGAAGGUACGAGGAUUGUAUCUGGGUGGUGCUAUCACCAGCGUUCGCGAUGCCGUGGGUUAUGGAUUCUAUUUCUGGAGUUACGAAUUGAGUAAGCGUAGUGUCACACAUGAGGAUGAUAGCCGAAACCAGCAAGCGCUCAAGGUCCUUCUGUGUGGAGGCCUGGCAGGCGUCGUGACUUGGGCGUCCAUUUUUCCAUUGGAUGUCAUAAAAACGCGUGUGCAAACGUGGGACCUUGUGUCUGCCAGCAAGGUCGCUACUUCACAUGCCGCGAGCCAGCCGCUGCUCGGAGGAGCCAGCAACAAGGACAUGAUAAGGGGAAGACCUAGCAGCUUCGACAUUGCCAAGCAAGCAUAUCAGACCGAAGGCAAGGCAGUGUUCUUUCGUGGCUUGGGUGUCUGCAGCGUGAGAGCAUUCUUGGUGAAUGCAGUGCAGUGGGCAGUUUAUGAGUGGAUGAUGAAAUUGCUAGCUCAUUGA